AAUAAAGCAAAUAAGGUCAUGAGAUAGUAAAAGAUGGCAAAAAAAUAAAAAUAAAAACAAAAAAAAUCUACCUAAUAUCAUCAUCCAAGUUUCUCUUCCUCAAUCAUCCGUUUUUCUUUCUCUCUCUCAUCCAAAAUACCAAAGCCAAAGGAAUUUUCCCGAGAAAAUUAAAUCCUGUCCUUAACCCAGAUCCAUAGAUCAUAACCCCAAAUCCUUGCCGAUAAAUUCUUUCCUUUUAGAUUCUUUUUCUCUUCGCUUUUUCUGGGGCAAUCAAAAUAGACCUUUUUUCUUAAAUACUCGUAAGUUUUCAUCUCUUAAAGAAAAAAAACCCCAACUUUUUCUCUGAAUUUUCCUUACCUUGAUAAUGCAGCUUGAUGAUACUAAAACUCUUGUUUUGAUUCACUGAUUAAUGGGUAUUCCGUCGAUUUUCAAUCAAGUUUCUCCCUUUUUUUAUCCCUUUAGUCACUAAAAGGGUUAACGGUUUUUUUUUUUCGGAUUUUUGGAGGGUUUUAUAAGGAUUUUAGAGUCUGGGUUUUGAUUUUGGAGCUGAUGGAUAAGAAUUUUGAUGGAUCUAAGAGUUAGUUUAAAGAAAAGGGUUUUGAGUCCGUUUCUGUUUUGAAAGUCAAUUUUUCGAAAUUAAUAAAGUGAAAUACGAGGGGAGUUUUUUUUUUUUUUUUAAAUUGUGAUAAAGUUUAGUGUAAAAGUUGAGUAAGAUUAGAUCAUGGAGCAUAUUAUUGGUGGUAAAUUCAAGCUUGGUCGAAAGAUCGGGAGUGGAUCGUUUGGUGAACUUUAUUUAGGCGUUAAUGUACAAAGUGGAGAGGAAGUGGCUGUUAAGCUGGAAUCUGUCAAGACCAAGCAUCCCCAACUUCACUAUGAGUCAAAGCUGUACGUGUUUCUUCAAGGAGGGACUGGAAUUCCUCAUUUAAAAUGGUUUGGAGUUGAGGGUGAAUACAAUGUCAUGGUUAUUGAUCUUCUUGGGCCAAGCCUAGAAGAUUUGUUCAACUAUUGCAAUCGGAAGUUUUCUUUAAAAACAGUUUUGAUGCUUGCAGAUCAGUUAAUUAAUAGAGUUGAGUAUAUGCACUCUCGUGGUUUUCUUCACCGUGACAUAAAGCCCGACAACUUUUUGAUGGGUUUAGGGCGUAAAGCAAAUCAGGUAUACAUAAUUGAUUAUGGCCUUGCAAAAAAGUAUAGGGAUCUUCAAACACAUAAGCACAUACCAUACAGGGAAAACAAAAAUCUUACAGGAACAGCUCGAUAUGCUAGUGUUAAUACUCACCUUGGAGUUGAGCAAAGCAGGAGGGAUGAUCUAGAAUCUCUUGGUUAUGUGCUUAUGUACUUCCUGAGGGGAAGCCUUCCAUGGCAGGGCUUGAAAGCUGGGACCAAAAAGCAGAAGUAUGACAAGAUUAGCGAAAAGAAGAUGCUUACUCCCAUAGAGGUCCUUUGCAAGUCAUAUCCUUCUGAGUUCACAUCGUACUUCCAUUAUUGUCGAGCAUUGCGGUUUGAAGACAAACCAGAUUAUUCAUACCUGAAAAGGCUGUUUCGGGACCUUUUUAUUCGAGAAGGUUAUCAGUUUGACUAUGUAUUUGAUUGGACUAUGCUGAGAUAUCCACAGGUUGGCUAUAGCUCAAGAGCACGGCCAAGCCCAAAACCAGGUGUAAAUCCCCCAGGAGUAUCUACUGAAAGAACAGAAAGGCCUUCAGUUGGCCAAGAGAUUCGAGAAAGGUUCUCUGGUGCUGUUGAGGCAUUUGCAAGACGGAAUGGCUCUGGGCAUGGUUUGCCUGGUGAUCAGUCUAGAUACAGAUCUUCAGAUGAUGUGCCAUCAUCGAAGGAUGUGCAACUUGAUUCUGAAAGGGCUCACUCCUCCUCGAGAAAUGGUAGUGCUUCAAAGAGGCCUGUCGUAUCAGGCAGCCGACCUAGCUCCUCUGGUGAGCCUAGUGAGAACCGGUCUAGCAGAUUGGUCUCAAGCGGUGGUCGCCUGUCAACAACUCAGAGAGUCCAACCUGGGUUUGAAUCCAAAUCAUCAUCUUUUACUCGUACAUCAGCCACAAGGGGUGGUCGUGAUGAUACCUUUCGGAGCUUUGAGCUCUUGACAAUAGGGGGUGGGAAAAGGAAAUAAAUGUCAUAUGCAUCUGGUAGUAAGGAUUUGCUUGCGUUGAGGGCACAUAAUCUCCGUAUUCUAGUUUCUAAGGGAGAAGAUCUCGGCACUAUUAAGGUAUUUACAAACAGUCACUCUUUUACAUCUGUGUCCAUUACUUGGUGUUCCAUCCACAACAAUUCCCGGAAGAAGUUUAUCCUCAGGAAAACUUUUCGACUCAAUUCCACUUGUCAGGUAUUCUUGCCACUAUGAUGCCUCUAAACUCGUUAAAAGAAAGAGAUAAAUGAUCUCACUUUAGGGAAUUGUUCAUAUAUUUCCAAUAUUCUAGCUGUAACAAACACUUGAUGUUUCUUUCUUUCAUCAGAAGCAAAAAAGAACUAUGUCUAAAAAGUCUAUUGUAGCAAAGACAUUCUGGCUUUAUGUCAUCUGCUUACACAUUGUGUUGCCAUUAUCUGUAACAAUGAGAUGGGUGCUGCACUGAUUAUAACAUGGGCUACGGUAAUCGCUGCUUUUGUCCAAAAGUGACAGAAGGUUUUGGUUUAGUACAGUUUAUCAUCAUUUUGGUCACCAUUAAUGACUAAGCAGCCUAGCUUAUAAUCCCAAAGUAAAGGCGAAUAGGGGAUUGUUGUUGGUGAUUGAAACCUCUUUUAAUGGCAUCAAUAAUCAUAACUUUGGUGUUUUCCUUGGUGCCACAUUAAAAUUGUGGGGCACGACUGGCGGAGAUUACGGCA